UGACCUUCAGGACUAGGUGUUGCUCUCUCCAGUGGCUACAACCCUCUAGCUCUGAGAAGCCAGGAAAAAGCUGAGGACUAAGGAACUGGGCCUCAGGGAGCGUUCCCCGUGUGCCGCCGCCACGUAGCCUACGACCUUUGCGAUAUUUUAUUUGAAUUCUAUGAUCUUGUAGCACGGGAGCUGCCAUUCGACUUGCUGGAACCUGGAGGUGGUUCUUCUUGCUUUCCUUACCAAACCAAGAAAGAUACACCGGGGAACUUCAUAGCACUGUUUAACUAUUUUGUUGCUCACUAUCUUACCACCCCCGCCAAAGAAUUUAAGGCGUUUAUGCUCUUGACUGGCAAAUAAGGUGUUUGAAUUAGAUGUGUAUACCACCACACCCCAGCUUUUAAUGUUUGCCCUGUGUGUGAAAGUGUCUGUGAUGGCCAGAGAACAGCAGCAGAGUCCUCACAAAAGGAAUUACAGCUUACUCAGGGACGCAGCUCACUAGGAAUCUACAGAUUAAGCCGUGGGAUCUCAGUGAACACAGCAUCAUGUGGCUUAGAUCUUACAGGAUGGCUUUUUCCUGUUUGACCAGAGUAAAAAUUUACAGGUCUCCUUGGAAGAGAUCAUACAGUACUUCACAAACAACAAUUGACACCAAGGAGGUUAAAAACUUCCUGGCCCUGGCUCACAAGUGGUGGGAUGAGUAUGGAAAGUUUGCAGCUCUUCAUUCUAUGAAUGACCUACGAGUGCCAUUCAUUAGAGACAAUCUUUUAAAAACAAGUGCUAAUCACUAUCCAGGAAAGCCUUUAUCUGGGAUGAAGAUUCUUGACGUUGGCUGUGGCGGUGGGUUAUUAACUGAACCUCUAGGGCGACUGGGAGCUUCAGUUGUUGGAAUCGAUCCCGUGGCUGAAAACAUUAAGAUAGCACAGCACCAUAAAUCAUUUGAUCCAGUGCUGGAUAAGAGGAUCCAGUACAAAGUGUGUUCCCUGGAGGAGAUUGUGGAUGAGAGUGCAGAGUUGUUUGAUGCCGUUGUGGCUUCUGAAGUUGUAGAGCAUGUGAUCAACCUGGAAACAUUCAUACAGUGCUGCUAUCAAGUAUUGAAACCUGGUGGCUCUUUAUUCAUUACUACAAUAAACAAAACACAGCUGUCCUAUGCCUUGGGGAUUGUUUUCUCAGAGCAAAUUGCAGGCAUUGUUCCAAAAGGCACUCACACAUGGGAGAAGUUUGUUUCACCUGAAAAGCUAGAGAGUAUAUUGGAACCAAAUGGUCUGUCAGUUGAAACUGUGGCAGGAAUGAUCUAUAAUCCUUUCUCAGGUUACUGGCAUUGGAGUGAAAAUACCAGCCUUAACUAUGCAGCCCAUGCUGUGAGGUCCAGGACUCCGGAACACCCAGAGUCUGUUGAGUCUGCUUUAAAGAGGAAAACAGAACCACUCCAUGCCAGUGCCUCUGGUAGUCCAAGUGUACGUGAGGAACAGAAAAACUGAGAUACCUCUGAGGACAGCAGUUAACAUGCUGGAAAUUGUGUUGUUUACAAAUUCAAAACUCUUACUCCUUCUUGAAAGAGACUCUGAAGAACAAAGGGUCAAUAAAAAUAUCUAAAUCAAUGGAGAAAACUUUCUGUGUCACCUAGGAAACACUUUGAGGAAUUUUCUGAUGAGGUUUUGUGAAGAUUUAGGGAGUUUUAAGUCUCUUGGCUUUCACUGUAGAAACGUGUGCUCAUUUCAUUUUACAUAUUAGACAUGUCUCACAUGUGUAAACAGAAACAUGUUCUGCUCUUUAUUUAUUUUAACUGGAAUCUCUGUUGUCUAUGGUAUUCCUUUAUUUUAGUUAAAUAAAAAUAAUACCCUUGACUGAUAAAAA